AUGUGGCGUGAACUAGAUGCGCUGAACGUGCUGGUAGUGGAGCACCUACUUGGACCUGUCGCUGCAGCGGUCGUUCGAUGUCUGAGUUGUCGCUCGUCGGCGAGCUUGCGAGAGCUCGAGCGCUCUCUCCGAAAGCAGCUACGUACGAGUGCACGCUGCUCAAACGCACACUUACUUAGCCACUCAAAGCUUCGAACAUCUUUGCGUGUGGCUUUGGUGAAGCUCCUCGAGCGCGGCGUUGUGCAGUACUCAUACAGCCGACUGGAUCAGGCACCCGCCUCGUGCCAGUACACGCUUUCGAGGCGUGGAGCGCUAUGGCUCUACGGCUUUCCGUUUCUCCAGCGCUACAUCACCGAGCUUCAUUGUAGGCACUGGCGGAAGGACCAGGACUUGGUGCUGCAUUCAAAUGACGCAGGAGAGACGAUCCUCCCGAGUCCACGCGCCGAUCAUCAUGAAACGCAACUAGAAACCAGCACAAUAGUGAGCUUGUGCAACUAUCUGACACCGUUUAGAAAAGUGCCCAUGGACUGGCUGCUCACCGCUACGCCAGAUAGCGACAACCAAUCGAAGCUUAUCAGGAGCACGCUUCAGCGGCUGGUCGGAAUCGGUCUCCUGGAGCAGUGCACAGCCAGACGCGUGCUCGCCGAGCUUCUCAGUCUAGAGCUCGAUGAUGAGCAUCCCGAAGCUCGCGAGCACUCCAAACCGGGAGACACGAUGGAUCAGGAAGCGUGCACGCUGAGCGAAAUAGACUCGACAAGACAGGUACCUGCACCUGCGUUGUUGGCGAAUCGCUCUGCUGCAAACGAUGAAAAGCCAUCACCGCAAAGCGCCGAUCAUGAGCCCCAAACGAGGUUGCGAGCACGACGGCGCUUACGAUUACGGAAACUGGAUACAGGUGCUGAUGACGAAGCGGUGGAUCAGCCAUACGCCGCAACGCCACAGCCAUCGGUGAGCAAUAGGGAGAUGCAAGCCGCACCAGCACCCGCUCCAGAGACAGCGGACUCCAGUCAGAAGGGCGAAAGCACGAUGCUUGCCCUGGGGACGUACCUGCGCGUGAAUGAACGUUUCAUACGGGACGCGAUCCGCGAUAUCCAUAUGGCGGCCUGGGCCGCAGAGCAGCUUCACAGCUGCGACGACAGUCAUGCUGGUGACGCGGCAACGUCGAUGCCGCAUCGGCUCAUGGUACAGCGUACAGCAGUGCUGUUGAAUGCAAUGCUUUAUCUGCGGCGAGUUGUACAGCAUGGUUCACUUGUGCACGUAUUGCCAGCCCGAUGCUCGGAUCCGUCGCUGACAAGUCUGGCUGGUGCGCAGAAGGGCUUCUCUCUCGAUCAGAUCCUCUAUGUGAUCCGAUAUCGCUAUCGUUUUCCCAGUGAUCAAUGCAUGGAAACAGUGAGCGCGCUCGAUGCUGAACGCAUACUGGAAGAGCUCGCCGACGAUCGCGUCGGCUUUCUGACGAUUCACGAACGGCACGGUACAAAGCUGUACGCACCUGCGUACGCAUACAUCCUCGACCAGUAUCGCACACACGUGCUGGAAGGCAUGCUCUUGGCCAUGGGCGAUCUGUACUUGCAUCGCGUAUGGCGGAUGGUCUUGGAGUACGGGCCUCUAUCCACCAGGUCAUGCGAGGAGCACGCGCUUCUACCGGCACGCGCAGUUCGAGCUUAUCUUUUUUAUCUUUUUCAGGACGGCUGGAUUUCCCUCGGAGACCACCUAACCAGUGCUGUAACCGCGGUACCAAUCUCUCUGCCACGAGAACCGUUUCCCGGCUCUUGGCGUAACGGAGCUCAGUCGUCUGCUGCAGAUCAUGAGCCGGACUUGGAGCUCAGGCAGAAAACGGAGCGUGCGAUCGGACCUGGAUUCGCUUCUUCACGUUCAGGUAUCGACGUAACGCCGAGCGCGUUAGAUUCUGGAUCCCCAGACCCAACGUCGACACUGUGUUUGUCUCCAGAUGGUGCAUACGCACCUGACCUCGAGGACAGCUACCGAAACUCCAUGACACAGAGCGACACGCCAACCGGUGCAUCUUGGCUGGAUCUCGAAGGCGGCUGGCACGUCGACCUUGAUGCGAUCCAGCGCAACGUCGUUCGUGUGUGUCUGCUCGCCAUGCAGAAUGUGUUUCAGCAGAUCCAAGUGCGACACACACGCUUGGCGGAGCAUAACGCAGUUUUGCGGGCCACGAACAAGUCCGGCAUUGAUCCCCGGGUGUACGACGAGCACGUGCGCGGAGCACGGCAUGUCGGCCGCCAACUCCGGCAUCUUCGCGAGACGUACUACCGGUUGGCCGAGGCGCUCAUGACAUUCUGGGACGAAUUUUAG